GUUCCAUAUUCUACGGAGUCAUCCUUUGAGAUUCCGUUUUCUAUUUAUUUUCCCCAAAUUUUUGAAAUGUUCCAGUGGUUUUAAUUUGUGUUCUGGUUUGAUUCGUUUUGUGAUUCUCAAACCCAUUGCGAUUUUUUGAGUAUUUUAUUGGCUUUGGAGGUUGUUCCAUGCCUUUUUGUUCUUUUCUUUUCUCCGAUUGAUUGGCUGUUCGUUACUCAUUUCUGGGUAUAGGAUUGGAAUUUCUCUGUUUGUGAGAUGUGACAUUAAACUUGUAAUUCGUUUGAUGGUGUUGUUUAGUUUUCUUGCUUUCGUCUUUAAGAUCGUAUAAGAGUCUAGAUUCUGCUUUCAAAUCCAUGCAAUAUCAGUUUUUUUCUUAAUUAAUGUUGACUUCCACUUGUUGAAUAUUCUCACACACGGGAGAGGCGAGUGUUCGAGUAUUGAUAUAAUCGAGUUAUGAUUUCACCUGUAACUUGGUUUUCGAAGGGGGCUUCAGAUUGUUGAAAUCUUUGGGUUUUGUGAGUCUUUUGGGUUUCCUUCCGUUUGGAUAGUUCUUGUUGCUACCAUUGUUUUGGUGAUCUAGGUACUUGAUCUUACAUGUUUUCUCAUUGGCGGGAAAUAACGAGACUAAUUCUGUGAUUCAUAUCACCAUUCUCUGCAGGAUUUCUUUGCCGUUUCACAAGUUAUUGACUAUAUAGUUAGAGUGGAUUAAUAUUCUUGGAGGCUUUGAAACAUGUAUGUGUUGGAGAGCAAAGGUGGGGCUAUAGCAUGUAUGCUGUUAGCGCUUUUCUUUUUGGGAACAUGGCCUGCACUCUUGACUCUCCUAGAACGGCGGGGCCGUCUUCCUCAGCAUACUUACCUCGAUUACUCCAUAACAAAUUUUUUGGCUGCUGUAAUUAUUGCUUUAACGCUUGGUGAGAUUGGAAAGAGCUCAGAUGAUAGUCCGAAUUUUAUUCAACAACUUUAUCAGGAUAACUGGUCUUCUGCCAUGUUUGCAAUGGGGGGUGGUAUAGUUCUGAGUCUAGGAAAUCUCUCUACUCAGUAUGCUUUUGCUUUAGUUGGUUUAUCGGUUACAGAAGUGAUCACUGCAAGUAUAACAGUUGUUAUAGGUACAACCGUGAACUACUUUCUUGACAACAAAAUUAAUAAAGCCGAGAUACUUUUCCCUGGUGUUGCUUGCUUUUUGAUUGCGGUAUGUCUCGGUUCUGCUGUUCAUUCAUCCAACACAGCUGAUAACAAAGCAAAACUGGAUACAUUGUCCACCGAUACAGAAAAAGGGUUAAACACAACUAACGCAGCUUCAUUUUCAAACAAAGACUUGGCAAGGGCCGAUUAUUUUUCACUGAAGGCAAAAGCUGGGACUGCGGACUUUCUUGUUGAACUUGAGAAUAGAAGAUCCAUUAAGGUGUUUGGUAAGAGCGCAUUCGUUGGACUGUUCUUAACUUUCUUUGCUGGUGUUUGCUUUUCUCUCUUCUCUCCAGCAUUCAACUUGGCGACAAAUGAUCAAUGGCACACUCUAAAGGAAGGUGUCCCGCACUUGAAUGUUUAUACCGCGUUUUUCUACUUCUCGGUCUCUUGUUUUUUCUUAGGCGUCAUUCUUAACAUUGCCUUCCUCUACCGCCCUAUACUUAACUUGCCCAAAACAACAUUCAAGGCUUAUGUAAAUGACUGGAAUGGUAGAGGAUGGGCCUUGUUGGCUGGAUUCUUGUGUGGAUUUGGCAAUGGCCUUCAGUUCAUGGGUGGUCAAGCUGCUGGCUAUGCAGCUGCAGAUGCUGUACAGGCACUUCCACUGGUGAGCACAUUUUGGGGAAUUCUUCUAUUUGGAGAAUACCGUAAAUCGUCCAAGAAAACUUAUGUUUUGCUCAUCAGCAUGUUGUUUAUGUUUAUAGUGGCUGUUGGUGUUCUAAUGGCGUCAUCAGGACAUCGAAAGCAAUAAUUGCUGCAAAAUCUCUAAAAAAAAACACACAUUUUCAGCUACUUAGAAGGAAAUGGCAGCUGCUGGAAGUUCUUAACCGUCGUGGAGGGAAAAGUGAAAAAACAAUUAUUGCUUUCGAUGGUUUCGUAAACCGAAAUGAAGGAAUGCAAGAAUAGAACGACCUCAUUGAAUAAUUUUUUUAGUCCCAUGAUAGCGAUGGAGUAGUAGUUUAGUUUGAAUUAGUUAAAUAAAGGUAACACAGUUUGAAAGGUUGAUAGUUUGUUAUUUGUACCACCAUGUUGUAAUAAAGUUAUGGAACCUUAACCUUAUGAACAUUGUACAUACUUCACCCAACGAACGAUUUGUAGAAAAUUUGAUAUUUAUGUUACUGUGAAAUUUAUAUCUUUUAUACCUUA